AUGGCCCAGUGGCCGGCCCUAGCGGCCGGUGACGACUCAUCCAUUGCUGAUCAUUCCUUUCGUUUCAUGGUGCACUGUACGGAUGUCAUCAAGUUCACUCAGGCUCACCCCGGCAAGUCAGCCAAGGCCCCCUGGGUCGAGGGCUUCGCUCAGCAAGCCCUCACCCUGGUCAGGAAGCUGCUGGAUAGCCGAUUCCGCGAUGCCGUAGCCGGUGACCACGGCACGAACGGUGCGGACGCUGGUGAGCACGGCUCGGCCACCUCCUCUUCCAUGACUCCUGGGGCCCGAGGGGUCCUUGGCUGGACCCAGCAGGUGCCGAGCAAUCCAUCUUCCCCGCCCAACCAUCAUAAUCUUCCUUCCUCUCCCCCAGCUGCACCCCCCCGCAGUGACGAGAACCGCAUUCGGAUCCGGUGGCGCGGACACGCGCCUGGGUCUAGCCCGUACAAGCGAACUGCCGUGACAGCUAUCGUGGGCGAGAUCCAGGAGAUUCUCCGCCGCAGUGAGCACCCCGGCCUGGCCAGCGUGCAGGUGGCAGGGGCUCAGGUCCUUCGUAGCGGUGAUCUAGAUGUUUACACCCAUUCUGCGUCAGAUCGGGAGCGUCUCCUUUGGAAUGAAGAGGCAUGGCUCCGGGAACUCCCUAAGGGCGAGCAUGCCUACAUCACCAAUCACCAGUAUGCUGUCCUUGUCCACCACGUCCCUAUCACUUACCUCCCCUCCCUGAGCGCGGUGGAGGCCCUCCGGGAGAAGAUCCUACACUGCAACCCAGCUCUCCGCAGCCCCAUAUUGCAUGUGGGCUGGUGCGGGCAUGACGCCGCGGCCCGGCAGUGUAAGCAGAAGUCUUCCCUGGUGGUCUCCUUCCGGGAUGCGCAGUCGGCAAACCAUGCCAUCCAGCACCGAAUCUUCCUGGAUGGCACCCCGCUGCGUACAGAACUAUUCGACCCGCUCUGCCGGCUCCUACAGUGCACCCGAUGUCUAAAUUAUGGACACGCCCAGCCCGUUUGCAUAGCUGAAAGAGUUACAUGUCUGUAUUGCGCUAACGCCCACGACAAGAAGUACUGUAAGGUCAAGGGGGUCCUAUCCCAACACCGCUGCGCCGUCUGCCAUGGCCCCCACCAAGCCGACAGUAAGCAGUGUCCCGUACGCCAACAUGAGCACCGAAUAUCUCAAGAACGAAUGCGAAACCGACCCCGAUUCUUCGCCAGCCCGCCCCAGCCUGCCGAACCAGCCCAGCCUACCAACCCGGCCCCGAACGCCAGACCGGCCCAGCCACCUGCGCCACCUCACGACGCAGCUGACACGGGGCCUGAACGGACCGAAACGAUCGGCAAGCCAUCACCGAAUCCAGAAAGCACGCGUCAACUGGCCGGCCAAUCAUCACCAUCGCCAGUCGACGCGUUUAAAACAACAUGCCCUUCCGCAAAGACCACCACCAUCCACCCGAUAAUCGAUGUCAGCCGCCAUCCAUCUCUACGGCUGCAGCCCACCCACUCCAUGCAGACUCGCUCCCGGAGCACGUCACCGAAACGACCCUGGAAAGCAACCGCACCGGACCCCGAACCUAGACCCGCAGCGGAGGAACCAGCACAUCCGCCGCUGCCCACCUGGGAUACAGACUUCCACAUACCGGUGCCAAUACCGCCGCAGACGACGGGCACCAGCACCCCCGAACGAACAGCUGAUUCGGCCUCCCCGCCCCCGUCCCUGCUCUCCAACCCGGCCCGACGCGUCCCCGGACUUUCCUCCCGAAUAUCGAACACGUCAAGCCUCUCAGUCAUCUCCCGCACGCCUACCCUCCCAAGCGACCUCACCUGGGAGGUCCCUGAGCUGCCGGGGCCGAAGCGCAAGCGUGGCUGUAGCCGGGGCCGCCGGCCCGUCACCAGCAGCCCGGAUCCGCUUGCUACCCCCAUAUCGAAACGCCGAAAGAUAUCCACCAAGACAUACGACACGGAAGACGAUAAUACUACUCAGGCCUCUGCCUCUGCGCCACAAGGCCUGCCCACACCACUCACCGGCCCGAGCCUGCCCACCAGGCCGGCCCUGACACCCGAGGCACCGAGCCGAGGGGACCCUGACUACCCCCUCCCGCCACGGCCCCGGUUCGCGAGACCAGGGCCUCCAGCGUCAACCACUGGCACCAGCUCAUCCAAAAUAUCCAAAAUAUCCAAUACAUCAAACAUAUCCAGCACAUCAAACAUAUCCAGCACAUCAAACAUAUCCAGCACAUCAAACAUAUCCAGCUCAGCAUCCAGCUCAGCACCCACCUCGGCAUCUACCUCAGCGAGCAGCGUCUCGCUACCCCCGUUCGACCCCGAAACACUGACGCCUUCGGCAUACCGCACGGCGCCCUUCCCCCUGACGUCCGACCCUGACCCGGCCCUGAACUCAGACGAAGCUGAAUAUGACGACCUCGCGUACAAGAAGGCUGAAACGGGAAGCACUUGGGGCGGCUCGAGCGCGUGUGACAGCAGUAUUUGCGCAGAGGAGGGCUGCCGGCACAUGGCCACCAGUGGCUAUGGCUGGAUAGGCGCCGGCGUUGGCCUAGCACCCCGAGAUGACCGCACCAUCCGAAUUCUCCAGUACAAUGUUCAAAAUUCGCUGGAUAUCGGCAUGGCACCUCUCCUUCGGGACCCCCGGCUUCGCGACUACGCGGUUGUCGCAAUCCAGGAGCCAUGGGUCAACACACACGGGGACUCUCCCCUGACGCACUUCCCCCAAGAGACUGCCGACCACUUCCAUAUUGUAUGGCCGGCUGGAGGCCAGGGACCACCCCGCGUCUGCACAUAUGUCCGGAAGACUCUGCGCUGGCAGGUUACUUUCAUCUCUGCACACGUCAUAUCAACAGCUAUCCAGCCAACGCUGGGCAAACCAUGGAUUGUGGUCCAUAACAUCUAUAACCCGCCGCAGACGACGGCGAACGAGGGGGUAACAGACCUCAUCCAGGCCCUGGAGGCCGCAGAUCGGCAGCAGCAGGCCUCUGGUGAACCAGCGGAGCAUGUGGUAGUUGGCGUUUUCAACACCCAUGACAGUCUCUGGGCUGGCGAGACACGCCGGCUUCCCCAGGCCCAGCACAAUCCCCCCCGUGCAGAAGCUCUGAAGCAGAUUAUCGAGCGGCGCCCACUAGUGCUGGUCACCCCAGCGGGCCUCAUCACCCGGCCUACCCCCAUCCCCGCGCGCGGCCUUGACCAAACUGAGCCAGGAGACGCCGGCCCGGGGACCCUCUCAGCAGAGGAGAGGGCCGCCGGUUCAACAAUUGACCUGGCCUUUGUUUCCUGGGACCUAGCAGAUCACGUCACCCACGUUCGGGAAGCCAACGUGGACGGUGACUCAGACCAUCUCCCGAUUGAGACAGAACUGGAUGCCACCUUCGAGCCGGAACCACCGAAACAGCGCCGGAACUGGGCCGCCAUGGAUCCCCAGAGGCUAGCCGCGACCCUUACCGCGCACCUCCCCCCUUCCCUCCCUGUCGACGCAAGGGAAGAGGACGUCGACCAGUUCGUCAGCCGGCUGGUCAACGCGAUCGGCACCGCGGUCGACGCCGCAGUUCCCUGGCUCCGCCCAUCUCAGCACUCCCGCCCCGGCUUCACCCCAGAAUGCCGUUCCCUGCUCCGAGAUAAGAAGCGCCUCCGGCGGGCCAUCUCCGCUUACCGAAGCAAGCACCGCUGCGAGGCCCCUCUGCCCCUGCGGGCCCAGCUGAUUCGGGCCACCCGGGCCUGCAAACGCGCCGUCCAGCGGUGCCGACGCGAUACCUUUCGGCAACAGAUCACUGACAUCGCGGAUAUGGACGACGUCUGGCGCGCCGUCCGCUGGACAAAGAACCGGGGCCCCUACCAGGCUUACACCCCACCUCUUUGGGACCCUCGUACUGGCUUGGUUGCCUACGGGGCUAAGGAGAAGGCAGAUCUCCUGGCCCGCCAGUUCUUCCCAUCGCCCCCGCAGGCCAACCUGGAUGACCUCCGGGGGUAUGACUACCCCGACCCGAUCAGCGUGCCAGAGUUUGGGGAACAUGAGGUCCUUAGCACCCUCCACUCAGUCAAAGCCGACAAGGCCCCUGGCCCAGACGGAAUCACCAAUCGGGUGCUGCAGGCAGUUAGUCACGUGCUGGUUCCGGGCCUGACAGGUCUGUACAACCAGUGUGUCCGGCUCAGCUACUGCCCAGAACACUUCCGGGAUGCCGCCACUGUCGCCCUCCGGAAGCCUGGCAAGCCAGAUUACUCAGUGCCGAAGGCAUACCGACCCAUUGCCCUUCUCAACACACUGAGUAAGCUGUUUGAGGCCCUGAUUGCUGCCCGGAUAAGCUACCUAGCCGAGGCCCACGGGCUGCUUCCAGAGAACCAUUUUGGGGGCCGUAAGGGCCAGGGCACAGAAAACGCCCUUCACACUGCUCUGGAAGCCAUCCAUUCAGGCUGGAAGAAUGGUAAGAUUGUCUCAGCCCUUCUGCUUGACAUCUCCGGGGCCUUUGACAAUGUCUCCCACGACCGGCUUCUACACAACCUCCGCGCACGUCGGAUACCGCAGGCCUACGUCACCUGGCUCGGUAGCUUCCUUCAGGGCCGGUCCACCUCGCUGGUGCUGCCCGAAUAUACUAUGCCGACCCGAUGGGUGGAGACCGGCAUCCCGCAGGGCUCCCCCUUGUCACCCAUUCUCUACAUCUUCUACAAUGCCGACUUGAUGAGCCGGGGGGACCCCGAAUGGGGCACAGACAAUAUCGGCUAUAUCGAUGAUACGACGAUGCUUGCGACCGGCGACAGCGAACGUGCCAACUGUCAACGGCUACGGGAGCACUAUCGUCGAGGAUGCCUCCGCUGGGCCGCCACCCAUGCUUCCCGAUUCGAACCCUCCAAAUUCCAGCUCAUUCACUUCCACCCCCCAGGCCCGACGAGCAACCCUGGCGAACCGCUGGACCUCGGCGAUGGGCAGGUCGUCGAGGCCAGCGCGACGGCCCGGCUCCUCGGGGUCAUUCUUGAUCAACACCUUACCUUUGAGGCGCACCUCAACCAUCUUGACACGGCGGCGACCCGGCGUCUGCAGGCAAUCAGCGCGCUUGGGGGCUCCAAAUGGGGCCUGCGGCUCCGGGAGCUUCGGCAUGUCUACACAGCCUGCAUCACCCCAAUCAUGCUAUACGCUGCCUCGGUAUGGUAUGCGCCGCCGGUUCGGGGCCGAAAGCGCUUCCAUAGCCAGCAAACAAAGGUGUUGAAUCGAAUCCAGCGUCGGGCCGGGAAGCUGAUCGCAGGGGCCUUCCGAACAGUCAGUGGGGCCGCGUUUGAUGCCGAACUGCACCUUACCCCGAUGCCAUUACUCCUUCGACAGCGCCGUAUCCAGACCCUUAUCCGAAUCGCUACCACCCCGGCCUACCGAAUGCACAUCCUGGACCGCCGCCGCCGGCACCACCGGAACCCCCUGUUGCACUCACCACUGGAGGCUGCGGAAGAAGAAGUCGAAUUAGCAACUGGGGUUGACCCUAGGGAACUGGAGACACGAUUACCAUGGGCUGUCCCCCCCUGGUGGGAGCCGCCAGAGGUGGUGAUUGAGGUGACGAAGGAGCGGUCAAUGAUUCACCACAACAUUCACUGCAUUGCCUACCCUGAGGCCAUUCGGAUCUACACUGAUGGUUCCGGCAUCCGCGGGCGUGUGGGCACCGCCGCAGUAUGCCUGGACCCCCCUAUCUGCCGUCAACGUUACCUGGGGACAGACGUCGAACACACGGUGCCGGUUGCGGAGAUUACGGGGUUGGUGCUGGCCCUGCGGCUCAUUAAGCAAGAUCUGGUGCCACGUGACGCCUGGGCCGCGGCGCGGGCAGCGUCGGCUGGGACGGCUCCCCACGGCCAACGGAAACGGGCCGAGAUAUAUUCCGACAACCAGGGCGCGCUGCGCACGCUGCUCGCCCCGAAGCAGGCUUCCGGUCAAUAUCUGGUUCGGGAGCUGGUGAACCUGCUUGACCAGCUUAAUCCAGUGCUUGAUAUCUCCUUCCAUUGGUUAGCAGCGCACCGUGGGGUUGCUGGUAAUGAGCUUGCAGAUCGCAAGGCAAAGGAGGCUGCAGGCUGGCGCCCAGGCAAUGGGAAGGGUGGGCUGGCGCCAGUCAUGAUGCCGGACUACCCUACGCGUGGGCCUCUGGACGCCUGGAUUAAGCAACACACCAAAGAGCAGUGGGAGGAGGCCUGGCAGCAGUCUGAGCAUGGCAGACACCUCCAGCGCUACCUCCCUGAGAUCUCCCAUCGUUCGGUCACUAUCUACGAUGAUCUUACCCCGGUUGAACGCAGCGUGGUGGCGCAGAUGCGGACCGGGAAGAUUGGGCUGAACCACUAUCUCUCAACCAUCAACCGGGCUGACGACCCUCUCUGCCCGUGCGGACGGGCCCCGGAGACGACCCACCAUGUGCUAUUCAGCUGCACCCGAUAUGACGACAUUCGGCAGGCGACGUGGGCCGGCACGGAAGGGACCCCCCGAGACCUAAGAGAGGCCUUGACGGAGAAGCGGUACGUUCGACGGGCCGCGCGGUUCAUGCUGAACACCGGCCGGUUGACGUAUCUGGCGGAGGCCACUGAGCCGGCAUGGCUCGAGCCGAUUGCCCCCAGCAGCGAACGACUACUGACAGCCCCAGCAGGCGAUGGCUGA